UAAAUUAAUUGGUUUACAUGAAAGUUAUAGCGUCCAGAUAUGGCAGUAUAGAUACUGGAAUUUUAAUUUUUUUAUAUACAAGUAAUGGCGGCGAUCAGCGACUUAUAGCGGGACUGUGGCGGGCAUUCUGACACUGGGUGGGAACUAAUUGCUACUGACAUCCCAAAGACACUAAUACAGUGAUUAGUGCUAAUAAAAAGCACUGACACUGUGCUAAUGAUACUGGAAAGGAAGGGGUUAACAUCUGGGACAAUCAAAGGGUUAACUGUGUGCUGUGUGUGUUUUUACUCCUGCACACUGCUUUGGAUGGCUGUGCACAGCACAACCAUCCAAAGCAGUGUGCUUACAGUGAAGUACAGGGACACAGCACUAUGUAAAACACACCCAGCA